AAUUAUAUUCAUAUAUUUAUUAAAAUAUUAUACUUUUUGGAAAUAUUUUAUUUGAAUUUGAAAUUUUCUUAUCCAGGACGAUAUAAAUUACUAGGGUAUUUCUAUAAAAAAAUUUAAUUGCCGGCUCCAUAGGCAAUCUGAUGAUGAUGAUGAUAUUGUUUCUCCGGAGAUGGUCGAUCAACACCGAAAAGAAACCGAAGUCAUGGACUCGACAUCAUCCUUGUACGUAUGCGCGGAAUUACCUCUGUGUGUCGCGACGACCGACGAGAGCAGCGACGACCAAAUUGAACGAUUUUGUUGGAUUUUAAGAAAGAGAAAGAGAGAGAGAGAGAAAAAAAGAGAAUUAUAAUAACAAGGAAACGGAAAUACACGAAAUAGAGUGGGCAAUCGUUAUUAAUUUAUCUUUAAAAUAGACUCGAAAUUUUUAUUUUCUUGCAAAGAAAUAAUAUAAAAAUUUGUUAUACCCGAAAGAAAAAUUGUGUGUGCAUAUAUAGAUAUAUAUAUAUUUUUUUUUUUGGGUGAAGCCGCGACCUAUGGCUGUCAGGACAGCUCGCCAAGGGGACUCCAGCUUAUUAUUAAGAAGUCCUAAAUAUCAAAAAGUUUUAUUCACCGUUCAUUCGAUAUUCUCAUCAUUAUUUGCCCCUGUUUCUUGAAUGAGUCUCUAUUACUUCCGUUUUUGCCUCGAUUAUGUGUAAACCUGAGGUGAAAAGUGGAGGUGUUUAUAACUACGUACUUGGUGACAAGUGGCGGUAAAGGAAUAAACGAUAUUCGCCUCAAAAAAGAAAAAAAAAAAAAAAAAAAAGUCACCAUGACUGAUUAAUUACAAUUUUCAAUAUCAUCAAUUUCCAAUAUUAAGCAAAUUUCUCUGGAAAGAGUAUAUAUAUAUCGGAACAGGACACGACAUCUAGUCUUCAUAUAUAUCAAUACAUAUAGAUAUAUAUAUAUAUUGUCGUAUCAUAUACGGAUUUUGUAAAUAUAUUUCUUGAAAAGAAAAUGUUCACCGGAAAGAUAAAAGUGGAAAUUUGUGAGGCCUCUGGUCUUAGGGCAACUGAUAAGCAAAGAAAAUUUUGGCAGGACGAAUCGCCAAUUCUUGAUCCCUAUGUAUCAAUGGAUGUCGAUGAAAAUCCAUUGGAUCGUUCUUCCACAAAGCCAAAAACAUUUGAUCCAAUUUGGAAUGAAAGUUUUACACACGAUGUCCAGGAUGCGAUGAUGUUAAAUCUCACCGUCUUCCACAAUGCUGCCCUGCCUCCCGAUGAUUUUGUGGCUAACUGUUGCAUUCCAUUCGAGGAACUUCUUCAAAGGGAUGAUUCAACUGCUGAUUUUUGGGUCGACUUAGAACCUCAAGGGAAGCUGCGAAUUAAGAUAGAUUUACAGCGGAAUAAUCAAGGUCAACAGCCAGGAUGCGUUGCAGGCGACGGAGAUGGUAUUGGAAGUGGUGUCGUUGGCGGGACAGUUAGCGGAAAAGAGCCACGACGUGAAUUUAAGGAACGUCAGGGUUUUAAUCGUCGUCGAGGUGCAAUGCGACGAAGAGUUCAUCAAGUCAAUGGUCAUAAGUUUAUGGCCACUUUUCUUAGACAGCCAACAUUCUGCUCUCACUGCCGCGAAUUUAUAUGGGGCUUGGGCAAGCAGGGCUAUCAGUGUCAAGUUUGUACGUGUGUUGUUCAUAAAAGAUGCCACAAUUUAGUGGUAACAAAAUGUCCUGGCAUGAGAGACGAGACGAGCCAAUGUACGCAAGGAGCUCGAUUCAGUAUAGACGUUCCUCAUCGAUUUGUUGUUCACAAUUACAAACGUUUCACAUUUUGUGAUCAUUGUGGAUCACUUCUUUAUGGUUUGAUUAAGCAAGGACUACAAUGUGAAGUUUGUAGUAUGAAUGUUCAUAAGAGAUGUCAAAAAAAUGUGGCGAAUAAUUGUGGAAUUAAUACAAAAGCAAUGGCCGAGGUGCUCAGUACAAUUGGUAUAUCAGCUGAUAAACAUGUGAAAACACCGAAAAUCACUUAUAAACCAGGUGCAGGUGCACAAUCAUCAAUUUCAAGUAGCGAAUCGUCAACGCCUGAUUCACAAUUGUCAUCGAUACAAAAAGCAAAAGAUGCAACAACACCAAUUGAGGGUUCAGUAUCAGGUAGCGAGAGUGAAAUGAAAAAAGUGAAUCUUUCGGAUUUUAAUUUUAUCAAAGUACUUGGUAAAGGUAGUUUUGGUAAAGUAAUGUUAGCGGAAAAAAAGGGUAAUCCAGAUGAGGUUUAUGCUGUUAAAGUUUUGAAAAAAGAUGUCAUUAUUCAAGAUGACGAUGUUGAUUGUACAAUGACGGAAAAACGUAUAUUAGCACUCGCUGCCAAUCAUCCAUUUCUCACUGCUCUACAUAGUUGUUUUCAAACAAAAGAGAGACUUUUAUUUGUUAUGGAAUACGUCAAUGGAGGUGAUUUAAUGUUUCAAAUUCAAAGAGCAAGAAAAUUUGAAGAGAAUCGAGCACGUUUUUAUGCGGCUGAAGUUACGUUAGCGUUACAAUUUCUCCAUAGGCAUGGCGUUAUUUAUCGUGAUUUAAAAUUGGAUAAUAUUUUAUUGGAUCAAGAGGGUCAUUGUAAAUUGGCAGAUUUUGGAAUGUGUAAAGAGGGAAUUAAAGAUGGUGCAACAACAACAACAUUUUGUGGUACACCCGAUUAUAUUGCACCGGAAAUAUUACAAGAACUUGAAUAUGGAGCGAGUGUCGAUUGGUGGGCAUUGGGUGUACUUAUGUAUGAAAUGAUGGCUGGACAACCUCCAUUUGAAGCUGACAAUGAGGAUGAUUUAUUUGAAUCAAUUUUACAUGAUGAUGUACUUUAUCCAGUGUGGCUUACCAAAGAGGCUGUAUCAAUAUUAAAAGGAUUUAUGACAAAAAAUUCCGCUAAACGAUUGGGAUGCGUCACGGCAAAUGGUGGCGAGAGUGCAAUAAGAACUCAUCCAUUUUUUCAAUAUAUGGAUUGGGAAGCACUUGAGGCGCGAAAACUAAAACCACCAUUUAGACCAAAAAUUAAAAGCAAGAAGGACGCAGUGAAUUUUGAUGCUGAAUUUACGAGAGAAACACCUGAAUUAACGCCAAUUAAUACUGAUAUCGUUCCUUGUAUAAAUCAAGAAGAAUUCAAAGGUUUUUCAUUCGUGAAUAAGGACUUCAAUCCAACCAGAUUUGUGACGCAAUAAAUUGUCGUCGUCGUCGUCGUCGUUGUGGAAUUAAAAAUGAAAAGAAGAAAAGGAUUUUUUCAACAAAAAAAAAGGUACGAAAAAAUUAAAUAAUCGCCUUUUGUCUCCAAAUCAAGCUCAUUUCAUUCGCGAGCAUUUCUUGUGGAGCAAAAUAAUUCAUAAAAAGGUGAGAUUUAAAAAUUUUUUCUGAUUAUUAUCAAAGAAAAUGAAAAAUUAAUAUUAUCGCGACAAAACAAAGCCCAUCGAAUAUGUUAAAAAAAAAAAAAAAAAUCUCAAAAAAAAACCUGAUGGAGCCUUAACGCGUCAAGGUGACACUUGUCUCGCGAAAGAAAAAAAAACAUUUUUUUCUUUAACUAAAAUGUUUCCCUGUUCGUUGUUUACAAUGAGAAUUUAGGAGUUAAAUACAAUUGUUAUUAUUAAACAGAUAAAAAAAAAAAAUAGUGCAAAUUCUCGCACAAAAUUGGAUAUAUAAAAAAAAACCAUUAGAAGGAAAAACGAGAGAUUUUAUACCUGAAACGCGAUUUUUUCAAAGUAUUUUUGCGAAUCUGUCGUGAAAUCGGAUUUAAUUUAAUUUGGUUUUUUUUUUCUGAGAAGUGUGGCGUCCUUAGAUAAUACUCAAUGAAAAGAAAAAAAAAGGCGACAGUCAAUCGCUGGGCGAUUACAACGAAACUCGCAAAAAAAAAAAAAAAAAUUCUGAAAAGAAAAUUCGCUUUCUUACAGAUUCGCAUUUUUUCUUUUUAUUUUCAUACACGGGUCAAAACUGUGUAAAAAUGCUUCGAGUAAUUCGAAGUUAGAUUAAAAACAAUUUAGGACUAGUUAAAACUAGAAAUUUCGAUAAACGCGCAAAUUUUUUUUUUUUUUUUUUUUUUUUUUCGAAAGAGCUAAUUCCAAUCUUUCGCAGUGAGAAUAGGAUACAAUUUUCUCGAAAGAUUGAAAAAUGGAAAAAACCUGAAGUUAAUAUUAUUAUAUAUAUAUUAAAAAAAAGCGUCGCAAGGACCACAGGUGGUCUCUAUCAGAGAAUCUAUAUAUAAAUUAUAUAUAUAUAUAUAUAUAUAGAACAAUUAUAUUUAAAUUAUUUUAGCAUACGCCUAAAUAAAGCAUAAUCAAGAGGCAAUUAACCGUUUUGGUUAAAUUCAAAUCUAGUGUUUAAGAUUGCAUAUUAUUUGUUUUAAAACAAAAGUCGCACCUUCCCUUUGAUUUAAUUCAAAAAAAAAAAAAAAAAUUAUAUAUUAUAAGCGUUGUCUCUAGUUAAAUGUAUUAUGGCUUUUAUUGCAAUCUUAUAAUACUAUAAUACCAAAUGUUAAUCAGCGCACGUGCGGAGACGUCCAGUGUCCAGAUUUUGACCAAACGAUUUUUUGUUAUUACAUUAUAAGAGACAAACUCCACUUCCAUUAAUUAUUUAAAAAAAAAAAAAAAAUCUCAGUUUCUAGUCUUACCAGUGAGGCGUUCGCGCACGUUCGCACAUAUUUACUUAAAAAAAUAAAAAAAAACGUCGAAAAUAAGAUACAAAAAAAAAUAAUUUUAAUUUCUAGAAUAAUUCCUAAGAUUGAAAGAAUUAUUCGAGAUAUUCUAUUUGAGAAAGAAUAUUCUUGAGAGGAAAAUCUUUUUGCCCUUAAAACACGAGAAAAUAUUUCAGGGAUUGUGUAUUUAAAAUAAUAAUUAUUUAUUUCAAUUAGAAAAAUAUUUUUAAUCAUUUUUCUUACAAAUUUAGCAAAUUUUUUUUUUUCUAAUUUUCCGAUAUGGAAAUUUAAUUAUUUAACAAAAAAAAAAUGAAAUGAGUCCCUGAUAUUUCUAUUAAAGUAGCACAUAUUUAAAGACAAAAAGAUUCAUUUCGCUUAAAUCUCAAAAAAAAAUUUUUAUUCUAACAAGGGAUUUGUCUUUGUAAAUUAAAUUAACGUAUAGUAGUACAAAACGUCUCAAAAAAAAAAAAAUAUAUAUAUAUAUAUUUCCCAAAGACUCUCGUGUGGCAUGAAAAAAAAAAAUCCCCUUCCUCCCAAAAAAUGGUAUAAACACGUGACGAGUCAAAAAAAAAAAAAAAAUGUGGAAAUAAAUAUUACGAGUGCAACAAAACAAAAACCAAAAAAAACAAAAAAAAAAUCGAUGUCGUGAAUCGUUGUCAUUUAGCUAUUCUCAAAUAUUAAUUUAGUGUUCAAAGGCGUCCAUAGUUUAACUGUCAUUCGAGGUCUUCCUUAAAUUUCAAUCAAAUAAUUUGAAAUUCGGGAUUGUGCCUUUCGAAUUUUCUCGACUUGACAGAAAUUCAAAAAUGAUUCGACACGAAGAAUUUUUUAUUGAAAAAAAAAAAAAUUAUAAUUCAAUCCAAAGAAUAUAAAUAAAAAUUAUAAAAACCCAAUUAUUGAAUAAUAAUUUAAAAAAAAAUUCAUUUCGAAUCAUUUUUGAAAAUCGAUAAUUUUUUUUUUUUUGGCAAAAAUACUUUCUGCGUUUGAAAGUAUAUGUAUGUAAAUUUCUCAAAAAAAAAAUAUUUUCAAAUUGAUGAAAAUAAUAAUAAUAGUACCUCUUCUCUUCUCGGUGCUCUUUCUUUUUUUUCUGUUCAUCGAGAGAACCGUCUAGUCGAUUAAAAUAAGUUUUCUCAUACACAUAGAAUAAUUUGGAUUUUCAUGAAUCCAAAAAAAAAAUACAAUUAAAAAAAGAAAAAAAAAUAUUAAGAAACAUAUUUCUGAAAAUUUUUCUUCGUUAAAUAGAUUUAGUGUUUCUAUAUUUUCUUUUUGGAAAAAUUCAAGGAAAAGCGCAAUUUUUUUGAAUAAAUUUGUAAAAAUUCCUUUUUUUUUAUCAAUUUUUAUUUGUGAUUUUUUUCAACGAGAUCUGAUUUUUUUUUUUUGGUCGUGACGUAGAUUUAAAAAAAAAACCAAAUAUUUUAGAGAGAUAAGUUGAUUUUUAGAAAAAUUUCACUCGACUUAAUGGUCUCUCUCACUCACUCUCUAUCUCUCAGUGAUUAUCUCCAUUGCCUUUGCGGAGUCCUCAAAAAAGAAAGCAAAAAAAAAAAAAAAAAAAUAA